AUGGCUACAAAGAUUGAGAACGAUGUCAAACCACGUUUGAAUGUUUGUUUUAUCGGACACGUAGACUCUGGAAAGAGCACUACGGUGGGAAUGCUUGCCUAUCAGUUAGGAGCGGUUGACAAGAGAGAAAUGGAGAAGUAUGAGAAGGAGGCAGCUCUCAACAACAAGGAGUCGUUCUAUCUUGCAUACUUAACCGACAAGACCGAGGCAGAAAGAAAGAGAGGAAUUACAAUCACAACCACUCUUAUUGCUCUCUCUACAGAGAAGUUCGAUAUCAACGUUCUUGAUUGCCCCGGGCACAAGGACUUUGUGAAGAACAUGGUGGCAGGAGCAUCGCAGGCAGAUGUGGCAGUAGUGAUUGUUCCAGCAUCUGGAUUUGAGUCCUGUGUUGGGGUUGGAGGGAUGUUGAAGACACACAUUAUGAUUUCAGGGAUUCUCGGAUGCGAGAAGCUGAUUAUAUGUGUCAACAAGAUGGACGAGAUUGCCGAGGACAAGAGGAGGAUGGAGAAGUUCAAGGAGGUAUCUGAUGAGAUGCGUAGAAUUGUCAAGAGGUGCCACAGAGAUUCAAACCCUAUUGUCCUGCCUAUAUCUGCGUACAAGGGAAUCAACCUGACGAAGAAGGGAGAACACUUCAACUGGUUCAGUGGAUGGAAAGAGAAGGAAGGAUCGGAGGUGAUACACACUCUUGAGGAGGCUCUGGAUUACCAGAAGGUACCUGAGAGACACAACGACAAGCCUUUAAGAAUGCCGAUCACCAAAGUUUGCUCUAUUGCAGGAAUUGGUAAGAUUUUCACAGGGCGUGUGGAGUACGGAACCAUCACACCAAAUCUUAAGAUUACAAUUCAGCCGGCAGGAGUGGUGGGAGAGACCAGGUCUGUGGAGAUCCACAACAAGCCAAGGCCCAUGAUUCCAUGUGGAGAGAACUGUGGAGUUGCUCUCAAGGGAGGAGUUGUUGGGGAAAUCGACAAAGUGGAUGCAGGACACGUGAUUUCGGCCAACGAUGAGAACAAGGCCAUAGCAUAUCCUGGGGCAAAGAUCAGAACAAUUGUUGUUGCCAGGCCAAAGGGAUUGUCGGUAGGAUAUACUCCACAGAUCAACUUUGGAAACUGCCACUCUCCAGGAAGGAUUGCCAAGAUUAUUUCAAGAGUAGUUGGUGGAAAGGAAGUACAGGAGAACCUUGAAAACAUUGGAAAUGGACAGACGUUUAUUGGAGUUGUUGUUUUCCAGAAGCCGUUGGUUGUCGAUAGGAUGGACAAGUUCCAGAACCUGGCAAAGUUUGCACUUAUGGACAGUAACGGGGUUGUGGGAAUUGGAAAUGUCAUGGAGCCUCUUACCAAAGACCAGCUUCUCAAGGAGUACGGGAUUGACAUAAAUGAAGAUCCCAAGGCAGCAAAAAAGGCAGCCGGUAAGAAGAAAGCAUAA